AUGUCGGUCACUGUCGCCGAGCUUGACGCGACCGUCAAAGCUUUUCAAGAGGGUCAUGGCGAUGUCCAGAAACAGGCCCAACAGAAGCUCAACGAGUUCAAGUCAAAUCCCGAUGCCUGGUUGAUGGUGGACAGGAUACUGCAAGAGGCUACCUACGUGCCCACCAAAUAUCUGGGAUUGCAGGUGCUGGAUGAUGUGGUCAACACCCGAUGGAAGGUUCUGCCGCGAGACCAAUGUUUGGGCAUCCGCAAUUUCGUGGUCAAUCAGAUCCUGCAGGCUUCCGACACUGAGGAAUCUCUCAAGGCGAACAAGCUCUUUCUCAACAAGCUGGACUUGACGCUGGUCACCAUUCUCAAGCAAGAAUGGCCACACAAUUGGCCCACGUUCAUCAACGAGAUCAUCUCCGCCUGCCACACCGGCGUCUCUGUGUGCGAGAACAACAUGACCAUCCUGCGACUGCUAUCUGAAGAGGUGUUCGACUUCUCCCAGGAUCAGAUGACCUCCACAAAGGCGAAGAACUUGAAAACUACCAUGUGCGCCGAGUUCUCGUCCAUCUUUCGACUAUGCGAUGACGUCCUUACAAAUGCCGACUCCGUAAGCCUCGUCAAGGCGACUCUCGAGACAUUGCUCCGCUUUCUGAAUUGGAUUCCCCUUGGGUUCAUCUUCGAGACAAAGCUCAUCGACACCCUUGUCACCAGGUUCCUUGAAGUCGAUCAAUUCCGCAACAUCACCCUUAAGUGCUUGACGGAAAUUGGAGGCUUGCAAUUGGGACAGAACUAUCAGUACGACGACAAGCUCGUCCAGAUGUUCACCGAAACCUUGACUGUCGUUGCAAGAACUCUCUCCCUCGACACUGAUUUUCGAGAGGCGUAUGCUAAAGCCCGGUCUUCAGAACAAGAAUACAUCCUCAACCUCGCAAUAUUUCUCACCAACUACUUUUCUGCACAUCUUCAGACCAUUGAAAGACUACCGAACUCCGACUAUCUCCUACACGGCCAUUUCUACCUCAUUAAGAUCAGUCUGAUCGAUGACAGGGAAAUCUUCAAGAUUUGUCUGGAGUACUGGAACAAAUUGGUCCAAGAGCUGUAUGAAGAAAUGCAACAGCUCCCAAUCACCGAACUCAAUCCUUUGGUCAACAUGGGCGUCAGCGGGCUCGCUAACGGCGGUGCGCCUCAUCCUAGCACUUUGGCCAAUUAUCCUCUCCGCAAGCACAAAUACGCUCAAGUAUUGUCAAGUCUGAGACAAGUCAUGGUGGAGAAGAUGGUCCGGCCAGAGGAAGUUCUCAUUGUGGAAAAUGACGAGGGGGAAAUUGUGCGGGAAUUCGUCAAGGAGAGCGACACGAUUCAACUCUACAAGACCACCCGCGAAUGCCUGGUUUAUUUGACGCACUUGGAUGUUGUCGACACCGAACAAAUCAUGUCUGACAAGCUUCAACGACAAGUCGACGGCUCCGAGUGGUCGUGGAACAACUGCAAUACGCUCUGCUGGGCCAUCGGCUCAAUAUCAGGCGCCAUGUCCGAAGAGACAGAGAAGCGUUUCUUGGUGACGGUCAUCAAGGACUUGCUUGGUUUGACUGAGAUGAAGCGCGGCAAAGACAACAAAGCUGUGGUGGCCAGCAACAUCAUGUAUAUUGUGGGUCAGUAUCCACGCUUCUUGAAAGCGCACUGGAAGUUCUUGAAGACGGUCGUCAAUAAGCUGUUUGAAUUCAUGCAUGAGACCCACGAAGGAGUGCAAGAUAUGGCGUGCGACACGUUCAUUAAGAUUGCCAACAAGUGCAAGCGCCAUUUCGUUGCUCUCCAGCCCGGCGAAACCGAACCUUUCAUUGAUGAGAUUGUGCGUAAUAUGCGCAGGAUCACCUGUGAUUUGACCCCCCAACAAGUCCACACCUUUUACGAGGCUUGUGGCUACAUGAUUUCUGCCCAAGGCCAAAAGAGCGUUCAAGACCGACUGAUCAGCGACCUCAUGUCUUAUCCAAAUCAGGCCUGGGACAACGUCAUUCAGCAAGCGAAUGCCAACCCAGCAAUACUACAUGACCCGGAGAUUAUCAAAGUGGUGGGAAACAUCAUGAAGACCAAUGUUGCAGCGUGCUCGUCAAUCGGCAGUUACUUUUAUUCCCAGAUCGGCCGCAUCUAUCAUGAUAUGCUCAAUAUGUACCGGGCUUCAAGCCAGCUGAUUUCCGAUGCUGUCGCUUCCGGAGGCAAUGUCCAGACAAAAACCCCCAAAGUUCGAGGCCUGCGCACCAUCAAGAAAGAGAUCUUGAAGCUCGUCGAUAUCUAUGUACAAAAGGCGGACGACCUGCAAAUGGUCAAUGAUAGCAUGGUACCACCACUGCUCGACGCCAUCUUGCUCGACUACCAGCGCAACGUUCCAGACGCCAGGGACGCAGAAGUCCUCAGCGUAACCACCACGAUUAUCCACAAGCUACAUAACCUUAUGGAUGACAAGAUUGGCCCAAUCAUGGACAGCAUCUUCGAAUGUACGCUGGAGAUGAUCAACAAGGACUUCCAUGAAUACCCCGAGUUCCGAGUCGAGUUUUUCAAGCUACUUCAGGCUAUUAACCUGUUCUGCUUCCCAGCAUUGCUAAAACUGGACGGCCGACAGUUCAAGUUUGUCAUUGACUCUUGCAUGUGGGCGAGCAAACAUGACAACCGCGAGGUCGAGAAUACAGGCUUGUCCAUGUGUCUGGAGCUGAUCAACAACAUGGCAGAGACCGAUCCCCAGACUUCGGGCAUUUUCUUCCAACAAUUCUACAUCUCGAUCCUGCAGGAUGUAUUCUUCGUCCUCACCGAUUCGGACCACAAGGCUGGCUUCAAAUCCCAAUGCAUGUUGCUGGCCCGGAUGUUCCAGCUUGUUGAGACCAACAAGAUUUCGCAGCCGCUGUAUCAACCCGACCAGGCCGCUCCCGGGACUUCCAACAAGCAGUUCGUCAGCGAAUUCACCUCCAAUCUGUUGCAGCGCGCAUUCCCCAAUCUUAAGGAGAUCCAAGUCCAGCAUUUCGUCAAUGGCCUCUUCACUCUCAACGAAGACGCCACGAAAUUCAAGACUCAUGUGCGCGACUUUUUGAUCUCGCUCAAAGAAUUUGCUGGCGACAAUGCGGAAUUGUACGCAGAAGAACGCGAACAAGAAAAGAAGAUUUUGGCGGACGCGGAAAGAGAGCGAGCACUCAAGGUCGGUGGAUUGAUCAAGCCGGCCGAUCUGGACCAGGAUGAUGAAUUAUGA